UCUGGUUUUAAUAUUGUUGAUCUUUUCCAUAGUGACUAUGCUACCUGGAGCUGAAACCAUCUUUACAGACUGGGCGUCAACGUUACAGCAUUGUUAGCGACAAGCGAGGUGCCAAGCCAGGGAAGAGGAGAGCAUUGCGGUCUUCUGGGGACUCGACCGAGCGACAAACCAAAGAGCGAGGAAAGGUUAAGAGAAAAAAGCACCGGCCAGUGUUUUUUGCGGGUAGAGGCCGGAGAUGAAGCUGAAUUAGGCAGUCGAACAAGAUACCCUGCCUGGGCCCCAUGUUCGAUCCGCGACACGGUAGUGGAUCCGGGGUAGAAGCCUCUGCAGAAGGAGGAGAGAUUGAUUUUUUGAUGAGUGAUCACUGAUCUGACAGCUCGUUCUAGCAGGGCAGGGUAUUCGUCGGCAGCCGAGAGGGUACGUACCAGGCACGCUUUUCUUCGCACAGACAGAUUACCGAGGCCCUAUCAUGUCCUGUGCUUUGAUUGAACCCAUGCUCCAGCGGCCGACGCCAGCGGGCGCCAGGAAGUGCUCCCUUGUUUGCAAUGGAGCACUCCUUGACAAGCGGCUUAUGGUACGGGUUGACGGCGACCUACUGGACAGUCGAGCCUAGUGAUUUCCAGUCCAUCUGGUAUGAGUACAGAAUCAAAGAUGAUUCAAUCGCAUAUGCGCCCGGUAAUUAUUCGAUUCAGUGCGUAUCUUGUCCAACGAGCUUUGCCUAUCUGUGCGUCUCGCCUCAAUAUCUGAGCCGUGUUUCUGGUGGUUCAUUGCAGCAAGCGACGUCGCGUCGAAUCCACCUCGGUGUAAGCAACCUACCGGCUGGACUGUACCUGGUCGACAUAUGGAUCCGUAUGAAGCGAUACAACUCUGACCAUGGCCCGAAUAUAUUCGGCGCAACGUAGAAAAAUAGGUACGCUGUCGUCGGAACUUUAAUAGAAAGCUUCACGAU